AUGAUUGUGUUGAAUUUCACGUUGAUUUGCAUGGGCACGGAAUAUAAUGAGAGUAAUCCAAUCGACAUCCAAAAUCGUGGACCUUAUGACUAUACACAAACUGAAAAAUCAUAUCUGAUGUGGGCAGUGGCUAUCGGAACACUAGUGGCCGCGUGGCCCUUUCAUUUGUUCUAUGAGCGUUACGGAACUCGAAUUGUGUUCUUCGUAGCAGGUAUGAUCUCAACCAUAUCGACGGCUGUUAUACCUUUUACAGCCGGCUACAGUUGGACCGCACUUCUCAUCGCUCGCUUUCUUCAGGGAAUCUCGUUCGGAGCAGAUUUCGCUGCAAUUGGUCUGAUUGUAGUCUACUGGGCCUCUCUCAAACAACAUGGAUUUUUCAUCUCGUUACUCUCUUCGUUUUCACAGUUGUCUGUAAUGUUUACGAUGCCCGUAGCGGGUGAGUUUUGUGAAUCAUCAUUCGGAUGGCCAGCAGUCUAUUAUGUUCAUGCAGCACUCAGUGGAAUUUUAUUCGCAGCUUGGUACUUCUACUAUAGAAAUAAUCCUGCAAAUCAUCCUUUAAUGACCGAAAUUGAACUAGAGAAAAUCCAACGCGGCAAAGAGGAAAUGAAAGAAAAGGAAUCGACCCCUGUCAAGGCAAGUUUGAACGCGAAUCCGCGAUGUAAUAAAGUAGCAAUUAUUCCAACCAUCUCUUAG